UGAGGGGGGGAAAUUAAGGGAGGGGGGGAAGAUAAACACUGAACUAACUUGGAGACCUCCUUACAGUCUGAGCAACGCUCUGUGAUCUGUCCAGACAUGGUGAAGUGGUAGCAAUUUAUUUGGGGGGCUGCAGCCCACCCCCCUCCGCCUCCCGUCUUCUCUCUGCAACAGGACACAAAUGUUGGACCUUCACAGGGCUACCUGCAGGAAAAGGAUCACCGCCAGCCUAAGAACCGUGACGAAAUCUUGUCCUCCCACAAGCCAAGCUGCCUUUGACAUUAAAAGAAAAAAAGAAGAAAAAAUAGUCCCUGUCGUGACCAGAAAUGCUUACAAUAAAGCUGCCUCAGAUCUUCAGGAUCCACCAAGUACCUCGUAUCUUCUGGGAAGAUGGCAUCAUCUCCGGCUACCGUCACCCCAAAAGCUCCGCCUUGGACUGCAUCCUCAGCUCCUUCCAAAUGAACAAUGAAACCAUCAACAUUUGGACACAUUUUCUCCCCACCUGGGGGCUGCUAUUAGCCUUGUUCCAGGGGUCCACAGGCACUGGCACCGUGGAGAACCAUGUGGAGUCACUCCCCUUAACAGCAUGUGUUUGUCUGUUUAUAGGCUGCGCUUUCACGUAUGGAGCCUAUACAAUGCCCGACCGCUGGGUGAAUGGCCCUUUGCACCAUUACUUUGUCCCUGUGGCCGCCUUUAAUUCCUUUGUCUGCACAAGCCUCUCUUGUUACUCCCGAUUCCUGGAACUGGAGUGCCCGCCACUGAGCAAGAUCUUGAGGACAGUGGCCUUUGUCUACCCCUUCAUCUUUGAUAACAUACCGCUGUUCUACAGGCUGUUCUUCUGUUUUGGUGAAGACUGCCCUUGGAAUGACGCCAUAGCUGGUUAUUCCUAUCACCUUUUCUUCGCCCUCCUCACUGGCUUCCUCUUUGCAUCCCACCUGCCUGAACGCUUGGCUCCUGGUCGCUUCGAUUACAUAGGGCACAGCCACCAGCUGUUCCACAUCUGUGCGGUGGUCGGCACCCACUUCCAACUGGAAGCUGUCUUGUGUGACUUGCACUUGCGCCGGGACUGGCUGAGCACCCACGCGCCGGCGUCCACCUUCACGCACACGUUCGCCACCCUUAGCACCGCCCUGCUGGGGAACCUGGUUCUCAUCGCUUUCUUCACCGUCACCCUCUUCCGUUCCUCCGUCAGCACCACGAUCCUGCAGAGCACCCUCUCCGAGGUGGAGCGGCACAAGGACAAGUGA